AUAACUAUUGUCCGAGUCCGUUUGAAAGAUCAUUUACUUCCAUUCACCCCUUAUACAGAAAGAGUUGCUUUGUCUUCUGUCCACGCCUCUGCUGUGGACAUGACUAACCACCAUGUUGUGUUAGUCCGGCUUUGUCGUGCUGCGUGCAGACUUGGGACACUUUGGGUCCUCUUCUCUUCUCCUCUCUUCUCUCUGCGUGUGCAUACAUUAUUUUUACGGUGGGUUUCAGGGUUCAGCCCCACGCGCGUGUUCCAAUAAGAGCACCAUUAAUGACGUCAUGUCUGCAGGAGAUUGGCUGCUGGGUUCAGCCACGAGCUCCUACCCCAACACAGUGAAACUUUUAAAGACUUUUCAACUUUAUCCGCGAGCUUAAAUAUUGCGCACACGUAGCCCAGGCGGCGCGAGCUCCCAGCGACCCACGAGAGGACGCCGCUUCUAGUAACGUCGCCCGUCUCGAGCCUCUUUACAUUUACGCUGGUUUUCUCUCUCUUGUAGUUCAGGUUUCCUCUGGAGUUCGUCUGAUGGCCAUUAGAUGACAUUGCUCAGGAAUUAGGAACUUUUUCCUCGAGCUCCUCGGUCUUUUCUCUCUUCGUCUCCUCUGCCUGAGUUACGCACGGGCUCCCCUGCUCACUGAGACGCGCGCUCCUAGCGGAUGUUAAAUGGACAUGGCUGUUAUUAGGUGGGACGUUAUAUUUUCUUUUGGCGUGUUAAUUUCGCCGGUAUUGGUUUCCGCGGAUCAGAGUGGUUUCCGGAGAUACUACGUGCUGCAGCCCGGACAGAGAGGCACGGACAGGGUCCACGUGAGCUCCAUUACAUCGCGCUCUGGAGCCAGCGGACAACCGCACACGUACAACGUCGAGCUCACUGCUCGCUUCGGCGGCCAAGUCAGAACCCGGAGAACCGGUAACCGGGCCGUCCCGGCUGUGCCGCUCCGCCACGACGCCCAGCUCACGCAGCCCGUGCGGCACGCGAGCCAUGCGGUGAAGCUGUCUGGUGUAAACGUCUGUGGAGGGCAGUGCUGUAUUGGAUGGAGCAAAGCCCCAGGGUCUCAGCGCUGCACCAAACCCAACUGUCUUCCCAAGUGCCAGAACGGGGGCAUGUGUCUUCGACCGCAGAUGUGUGUUUGCAAGCCCGGUUCUAAGGGCACAUCCUGUGAGCAGACCACGCUGCCCCCUUCCUCUCACCCAGCUGGGCCUGGGAACGCUCACACCAAUGGACACGGCACUGGCCAAACUGGUGGACACACCAAUGGACAUAGUGUGGUACCCCAGCGACCUAUUCCACAGCAAGUCCUCCCACAGGGCCCCAUUCAUGGCCCCUUGCCUCUGUCCGGCAGCAGGAACCCUCACAGGACCCUGACCAUGAAGGCCAACUCCAACGGAGCGGUUCCGUUCCAGCAUCAUGUCCAGCCACCUGUAUCCAUGACGAUGCACCAAGGCAAAAGCCAAAAGUUUGUCUUUAAGCCGAAGCUGUUCCACACACACACGCAUGGCAUGGGACAAACACCAGAGCGUAGCAUUCCCCUCACCGCCGGACAGCAGAUCCUCCACGCGGGGAACCACACCGGCCGGAUCAAGGUGGUCUUCACGCCCACCAUCUGCAAGGUAUCCUGCAGCAGUGGACGAUGCCACAACAUCUGUGAGAAGGGCAACACCACCACCCUCAUCAGCGAGAAUGGUCACACCACAGACACGCUCACCGCACCCAACUUCAGAGUGGUGGUUUGCCACCUGCCCUGUAUGAACGGAGGGAGAUGUAGUGCAAGGGAUAAGUGCCAGUGUCCGCCCAACUUUACCGGAAAGUUCUGUCAGAUGCCUGCUGCCCCGAAUUUUCACCAGGGGCAGCAGACAGUGGUGAACAACCAGGGCGGUCAGGUGCACUCCACACACACGCUGCCACUCACCUUCAGAUCUGGACAGAACCAGGGUAUCGUGAACAUUCAUGUGAAACAUCCUCCAGAAGCUUCUGUGCAGAUCCACCAGGUGUCUGAGGUGGACGACGGUGGUAUGGGUGGUGCUGGCAGCCAGGAGGCGGGCUCUAAGGGGGCAGGCUCUCAGGGGGUGGGCUCUCAGGCAGGCCACUCCUACUCCUACCACAUGGUUGAGAGCAGCAGCUCCAACAGACAGAAGAUCCAAAACCAAGGUCACAGCGUCCUGUAUCCGCAGGCCUUCCCACACUACCCGCCCCUCACCUCUAAGAGUCAGCUGGGACGCUGUUUCCAGGAGACCACUGGCACGCAGUGUGGGAAAGCCCUCCCUGGUCUGUCUAAGCAGGAAGAUUGCUGUGGGACAGUCGGCACAUCAUGGGGAUUCCACAAGUGCCUGAAGUGUCCCAGGAAGCCAUCGUUUGCUCUGUUCGAGUGCCCCCCGGGUUAUAAGAGGUUCAACAGAACUCGCUGCAUUGAUGUGGAUGAGUGCCAGCUGCAGGGGGCAUGUCCCAACGGUAACUGCAUCAACACCAUGGGCAGCUACAGGUGUUUAUGUAACCAUGGCUUCAUUCCGGAUCGCACGCUGACUGCCUGCUACCCCGAGCUCCCCCCCGUGCCGGAGGAGAGGGCCGUCUGCUUCCGUCUGUUGAGCACAGGGCAGCAAUGUCUCCACCCGGUCGGUGCCCAGCUGAGUAAGCAGCUCUGUUGUUGCAGCGUGGGGAAGGCGUGGGGUCAGCACUGUGAGCUCUGCCCACUGCCCGGCACAGCCGCAUUUAAGGAGAUCUGUCCCGGAGGCAUGGGCUACCAUGUCACCACUCCCUACGUCUACAAGCCCAAACUUCCCCCCCCACUCCACCCCCAUCGCCAGGCCAUGCCCACCAUCAGACACCAGGAACCCACGGCAGGAGCUCCACCUGUUCUGCUUCCCACCCUACAGCAGCCGGUGGAGGCGUUCAGCUUCACAGAGCGCCACCUACCUGUUGUCCAGGUACGUCCGCCUGCCCCAGCACUGCUGAGAAGGCACUAUAGUGCAAAGGACUGUAGGCACGAGUCAGUUAUGGUGGUUGAUGAAUGCUCAGUCAGUCCUGAUAUCUGUGGUCCAGGUUUCUGUCUCAACACAGCUGAGAGCUACAGCUGCAUGUGUUACGAGGGCUACGUUGACGCUGAUGGCAGCACAUGUGUUGACAUCGAUGAGUGUGAAGAUGCUCUAGAUCUGUGUUCCAACGGACGCUGUAAGAACACACCUGGCAGCUUCCUGUGUGAGUGCUGGCCCGGUUUUGCCCCAGACGAGGAGGGAACCAGCUGCAGAGAUGUGGAUGAGUGUCAGGAUGGAGGUGUGUGUCCCGCCGGUCUCUGCUACAACACUCUGGGCUCCUACAUGUGUAGUCCUUGUCCUGAGGGCUUCCAGGGCAAAGAUGGCCAGUGUGUAGACAUUGACGAGUGUGAAGAUGGGACGGCGUGCGCCCACGGGCAGUGCUCCAAUCACGAGGGCUUCUUUGUGUGCAUCUGCAACGAGGGCUUCACCCCCACGCCCGACCGCAAGGCCUGCACAGAUACUGAUGAGUGUCAGGACGAGAGUGUGUGCAUGCAGGGUCACUGUCAGAACACAGAGGGUUCGUUCAACUGUAACUGUGAAAUUGGAUUCAGACUCUCUUCCUCAAGAGAGCAGUGUGACGACGUGGACGAGUGUGAGGAGGGGGAGGGACUGUGUGAUGGCGUGGGUCAGUGUGUUAAUAACUUGGGUUCAUACCACUGUAACUGCCCCCCGGGGUUCAGACAAAUCAACAACACCAGCUGCCAAGAUGUGGAUGAGUGUGUAGAGGCUCCGCUGCACCUGCAGCAUGGUGAGUGUGUGAACACAGAUGGGUCCUUUGAUGUUAUCUGUGAACCUGGAUACGUAUGGACACAAGAGCCACCUGGUUGUGAGGAUGUGGAUGAGUGCUCUGUGAACAGCACAGAGUGCCGCGGCCGUGGCGCGUGUCACAACACUGUGGGCUCCUUCCUGUGUCAUUGUGACCCAGGUUAUCAGGACUUCCACGAUGGACAGGGUUGCGUGGAUCUGAAUGAGUGUGAGUUGCUGAGUGAUGUCUGUGGCGAGGCAGAGUGUGAGAACGUUCCCGGUUCCUUCCUGUGUGUGUGUCCCGGCAAGGAUCGUGAGUUCAACCGGAUGACAGCCAAGUGCCUGCCUGUGGUUAAAGUGCCCUCUGUUGAGCGGAAAGAGUGCUACUACAACCUGGAUGAUGAGAACCUGUGCGACAAUGUGCUGACCAGGAGCGUGACCAUAGAGGAGUGCUGCUGUACGCUGGGCGCGGGCUGGGGGGACAACUGUGAGGUCUUCCCCUGCCCCGUGAAGGACACAGAUCAGUUCGUUAAAAUGUGUCCUGCUGGCCCAGGUAGUAUUCCUAGCGGGAAUGCGGUGCUUGGAGUGUCCUCAGCUGACAGCUACAAAGACGCAGAUGAGUGUGUUCUCUUUGGCACGGAGAUCUGUAAGGAUGGCUUCUGUCUGGAUACAAUAGGAAGUUACGAAUGCUACUGCAAAGCUGGAUUCUACUACCACGAACUUCAGUGUGUGGAUACUGAUGAGUGUUUAGAUGAGUCAAGCUGUGUGAAUGGACAGUGUAAGAAUACCCGCGGCUCCUACCAGUGUUUUUGCGCUCCACCCAUGGAACUUGCACCCGAUGGCAAGAGCUGCAGUUCCCCCGCUGUGGCAGAGCACAGAGAACAGAUCAUGUUCCAGAGUGUCUGCUGGGAGACUGUGACAGACACCCUGACCUGCACUAAUCCACUGAGCAACAAGGAAACCACAUACACAGAGUGCUGCUGUCUGUAUGGAGAGGCGUGGGGCAUGGAUUGUGCUCUGUGCCCUCUCAGAGACUCAGAGGACUACGUCAUUAUGUGUAAUUUGCGAGGCUCCAGCAGUAACAGACGGCCGUACGGUCGAGAUGCUCUGGUCGCUGCACCUGUCCAUGAGUACGAGGUCAGCCCUGAGUAUGACCCACGACCUAUGAACCCCGAGCCAACCUUCUAUGAGGAUUAUGUCAACCUCAACACGCCAGGGAGCCGCUACAGCGCGUUCGAGGGCUUGCAAGCAGAGGAAUGCGGCGUGCUGAACGGCUGUGAGAAUGGCCACUGUGUGCGGGUGCAGGAGGGCUUCACGUGCGACUGCUUCGACGGCUACACCCUCGACAUGUCCCGCAUGGCCUGCGUGGAUGUAAAUGAAUGCUCUGAGCUUAACAAGCAGAUGUCUUUGUGCAAAAACGCCAAGUGCAUCAACACCAAGGGAUCGUAUAAGUGCCAGUGUGUGCCAGGAUACACACAGUCAGACCAGCCCAACUACUGUGUGCCCAUCCAACAGAGCACAAGCAACACAGCCAGCACUGCCACAGAGUGACCCACAGGGGGCUCCACAAACACUAGACAUGCUCUUAUUUAAUCAAAGCCCAUAUACUCUGCACUGUAUCAUAACGUCACACAAAGACAAAACAACAACAAAAAAAUCUUACUUGGGAUGAAGCAAGAUUUAACAUGCUAUAAAAUGGGGGUGAGAGAACAAGAGAACUGUGUAAAAUUGUAUGUUUUUAUUGUCUAUGUAAGUUUUUUUGUUUGUUUGUUUGAUUUUUAAAUGGUUUUAAUUAAAUUAGAAGGAGUCUUUAAAUGUGCUGUGAGGGCUUUAGUUCUUCCAGCACAAAUGACAAAGCCGCCGAUCUGAAAGCUGGCUGUGAUCUGCUGUAUUUCCCCAGUGUGAGAUGUGUUCCUUUAUGAAGAAGUCACGUGGUCUGUCUCCUCUCUUCUCUUAGUAGCUUGUUUACUUUGCUUUGCCUUGUUAACUCUUAAUCCUUAACUCUGUCCUUUCACCUGCAGUUCUUGCUUCUCUCCUUGUGUUGUAAUUUUUUCUCUCACCCCAUCUCACUUGUUUUUCUGUUUAACAUACAGCGAGUGAACCAUAUACACAUGCACCCGCGCAUGUGCACACACACAUCACAAACAGAAUGUCUUUUUAGCAUUAACACAUUAUUAAAGUAAGUUUUUUUUUAAAUAGUGUUUUGUAUUAAUGAUAAAACAAGCUAAUUCUCUGUGUCUGGGACGUUGGGACAUCUGUCUUUUUUGUAUUUCCUGUUUCUUUUACGUCUGCCCUGUGAAACAGGCAUAGAUCCAUGUUUAUCAGUUGUUUCAAGAAUAGUGAUUAGUGAUCAGAAUUCCAUGUGCAGAAUGUUUUAGUUUAUCACGAUGGAAAUGGUUAAAACUGAUCUCAGAUCAGUGCUCCUUCCUUGACCCGUUAGAUAAAGGUGAGCCUCUUCCUUACUGCCAAAACAAAGAGAGAGAACAAAUAUGUUUAAUAUUUUGGGAGCCGAUAAGAUUCGGUGAGUUCUCCUGAGAAUGGAAAAGUCUCGUGAGUUCUCCUGAGAGGGGGAAAGUCUCAUGAGUUCUCCUGAGGGGGGGAAAGUCUCAUGAGUUCUCUUGAGAAGGGGAAAAUCUCGUGAGUUCUCCUGAGAGUGGGAAAGUCUCAUGAGUUCUCUUGAGAAGGGGAAAAUCUCGUGAGUUCUCCUGAGAGUGGGAAAGUCAUGAGUUCUCCUGAGAGGGGGAAAGUCUCAUGAGUUCUCCUGAGAGGGGGAAAGUCUCGUGAGUUCUCCUGAGAGUGGGAAAGUCUCUUGAGAUCUCAUGAAAGGGGGAAAGUCUCGUGAGAGCUCCUGAGAGGGGAAAGUCUCGCCAGGUUGCAAAGCUGCUAUGAAACAGCCGUGGGAUUUUUAUUGGACUUUUUUUCUUUCUUUUUUUGUACAUUUAAACUGAAGAGUUUAAUGAAACUUUAUGUAUUUGUAAUUUGUACAUGAAUAAAUAGCUCUUGUAUGAAUAUCCAUAUAAUGUAUAUUAAAACCCUUUUAAUAAAUUACAAAUGGUGAUA